AUGUGCCGCCAAAUCGUCUUCUCCGGCACCUGCCCCCAAUGCACUCAACACUUCAUCUGGCAAGACCUCUCCCAAGAGCUCUCCUGCCUCGAAGCCAAGAACACGGGAGUAUUCGGCCAAUGCGCCUUCGGCGUACAAAUCGAGGAGCACCGAUUCGACCAAGAAUGCGAGCCCUGCGCCGCCGACAACGAGAGGGAUGAAGGGUACUGCGCUGAUGGUAUGGAUGAGCUUGCUCCCGGGGAGCUGACCGAUCCGACUAAACAACCUUUUACGAGCACCAAAUUACUGGCGGGAAAGAAACACGCUGAUGGAGAACAACAAGAAGACGGGGGCAAGAGAAAGAAGCAGAGAGUUGUGUGA